AUGGUUGAUAGUAGUAGCUAUAGCAGGAAGAGAAUCAUUACUGAAGGCGACAUCAUCUCUCUUUUGCUGAGGUAUGAUAUGAAGACGAUUCUGAGAAUGCUGCAGGAGAUGGCCUAUUAUUCCGAAUUCAAGAUGGAUUGGAAUGAAUUGGUGAAGAAGACCACUACAGGAAUUACCAAUGCUAGAGAGUAUCAGUUGCUAUGGCGACAUCUUUCGUAUCGGGAACCACUCCUCCCUGUGGAAGAUGAUGCUCAACCUCUGGAUGAUGAUAGUGACAUGGAGUGCGAAUUGGAAGCUUCCCCUGCAGUUAGCCAUGAAGCAUCAGUGGAGGCUAUUGCGCAUGUCAAAGUGAUGGCUACUUCGUAUGUGCCAAGUGAGUCCGAUAUACUCGACGACUCAACAGUUGAGGCUCCCUUGACUAUAAACAUACCUUAUGUUCUGCCUGAGGGGACUAAAGAACCAUCAGAGUCUCCGUGGUCCUCAAGAGGGAUGAAUAUUACCUUUCCGGUUUGUCUUCAGAAAUCUACAUCUACCGAGAGGGUGAAUGGAAAUAAUUCAGCUUGUAGUAGCAUGGCUUGUCGGAGGAAAAGGAAAAAAUGGUCUGCUGAGGAGGAUGAGGAGCUGUUCGCCGCUGUAAAGCGAUGUGGUGAAGGCAACUGGGCACAUAUCGUUAAGGGAGACUUUAGAGGAGAAAGAACCGCCUCCCAACUCUCGCAGAGGUGGGCGCUUAUAAGAAAAAGGUGUCAUACUUCGACAAUGAUUUCAUCUUGUGGCAUCACAGAAACACAAGUUAUUGGGGCCAGUUCUUCUCAAGGUCAACAAUAGUCCAAACCAGUUGUUCUAGCAUUGCCGCGGGCAGCAACAUCAGUUCCAGCUUCAAAAUCUCGAGUUGUUAAAAAAACAACAGCACACUCCAUUUCCAGAUUAGAUCUUAUGGUAACAGCUAAUUCAGUGGCUGUUGCAGCAUGCACGGGUGGCGUAUCAGCUGCUGCAUCAGUACCAAAGGUCGAACCUAAAAAAACUUAUGCUCCAUUAGUACCAAAGACAGAACCUGUAAAAAUUGCUUCUACAGCCUGCAUGCCUCAGCCCUCAGGUAGUCUCUCUGUGCCAAAGGUUGAACCAGGAACGAAUGUUACCUCGUCUAGUAUCAUUAAAGCGGUUGGACCUACGAAUGCACUACCGUUAGCUAUUGGAGAAUUGAAACCUGUGACGACUUUAUCCUCUUCAAACAAAUGUCCUCUCAUGGCUCCUCGUUAAGCAGGAUCGGCAAUGCUUUCUGCUUCUGCCCCCUGUGCAUCUGAAUCGAGUAUAGUCUACAAUCAGAGAGUUUUUGCAGCCUCUGUCCCAGCUAUUGUAUUACAACUAAAGCCAGCUGCUGAGAUUGUCACCUGCAAACUAGAUGGUGGACAGAAAGAGCAAGCUCGUGUAAAUGGAGCAAGCUCAUCGGCUGCAAUCCAGCCAAAUCAAAUGACCUCACCAAACUCGGAGAUUAGCAGGGAAAAACAGGCUACACAGGUGCAGUCCCAUAAUCUUUUGCCUAGGAAAAUUCCAGUAGUUCAGACUGCUGUUCACGGUGACACUAACAAAAAUUUGGUGGAUAAACCAUCUGAUAAGACUGUAAUACCAUCCGUCAGAGGAGCUGGUUCACAAUCUAAAGCCAAAUGUGAAAUAAACAAUAAGGUUGGACAGGCGAUCAAAGUCAGUGGUGUAUGUGGACAAUCUCCAAAGGUUGCAACUGUGGCAGGGACCCGACAGGGUGUUUAGUUCUUUGAUAGAAUUUUCGGUGACUUUAGUUUGGAGUUUUCAUUUUUAAUUUUUGUUAGAUGACUGAAAGAAAGAUAUGAUGUAAAGGAGGCCCUUCAGUA